CUCUUCACGUCGCACAUGACUUGGUUGCUGUCUAUAAAAGGGCCCUCUUGUAGGGCAUAAUGAUCACACCAAAUCCAAACUCACCAUUGUAGUUCUCUAUCUUCCCUGAAGCUUCUCUUGUACUUUCCUAUGGCUGCAACUCAUUUCUCAAUGGGUUCAUUGGUCCUGGUCUCGGCCCUGUUAUUAGUAGCCAUUGCCGCUGCAGAAAACUACAACCCUGCUACUACUACUACUUCAGAGGGAUCUGCUCCUGUAGUUAAGCCUGAUGACAAACCAGCAUACCACAAUGGAUACGUUUCCACUCCGGCGCUGGAGAAGCUGAAGUUGAGAAUGCACCAGUACGAGCAUGGCUGGAAGCCAGAAGAAGCUGACUACCAACCCAAAUCAGGGAAUGGAUACGGUUCGAAAUCAGAGAUGGUGCAUCCCGAGCCACGAUCCAACGAGGUCAAGCCAUCCAUGCCGAAAGCAGAGAAGCCAAAGGUGAGCUCCGAGAAGAAGUCGUCGAACUAUGGAGCGUAUGGGCUGAAGCCGGAACAUGGUUUCCCAAUUGGCGUUGAAGGAGUUGUAGUGUGUAAAUCAGGAUCUGACUACCAUCCCCUUCAAGGAGCUGUGGUGAGAAUAACUUGCUCGGGCGAGGAGGAAGAGCACAAGGUGUUGUGCUCAACUGACGAAAAGGGGUAUUUCUUCAAGACGCUGCGGGCUUAUGGUGGUAAACCGGAGCUAUGCAAGGCAUUCCUGGAGAAAUCGGCGUCGGAGAAGUGCGGUGUGCCGACAGAUGUGAACAAGGGCAUCAAUGGCGCCCCCCUGUCUUCGUACAAAAUUCUCCAUGACAAGCACGUCAAGCUUUACCCUAUCGGCCCUUUCUUUUACUCCGGUGGUCAGCCCAAUGGUCAGCAACAGCGACCGUCGAAAUCUCCCGCCGGCUACUGAUGCCCAGAAUUUUAUUUUCUUUAUCUUUUGAUCCCCCAAGAAUUUUUUGAUUCUUCAACAAAUCUAAUCUGUUAUC